AAGCUUUUUUUGUUAUUUUCAAUAGCAAAUUUUUUCAAUGGCAAAUUUUAAAUAGACUUUCAUUUUGAAUACAUUGGUAUAUUAGUAAACAUAAGAUUGGUUAUGGAAACAGGUUUAUUAUUCAAACUUUAUGUGAAAUGUCUAUUAUUAUUAUCGGUUUACGUUCGAAACAUCGAAUAAAUAUUUCCUUAAUUGUAACAUUUUAUAUUCUUGAAAUGUCUCAAUCAAGGGGAGAUAGAGGUUAUGAUACCUCAGAACCAUCUACCAGUAGUGGACAUCGUAGGAAACCUUAUGAGAGAAGCUCAGAAACAGAGCGAUUGGGAAAAGGAAUAGUAAAGACUAUUAGCCAUGAAGAUUAUUCUCAACCAAGUACAUCUAAAUCCACGAUAAAAGAGGAACCAAUGGAAACUAUGCUAGAAAGUGGAGAUCCACCAUCAGCGUUAGUGAAACCAAAGUGUGAACGACAUCGUAGGGAAGAUAUUUUUGUUACUAGACCAAGUACCUUAGUAACUAAAAAAGGAACGUCUGGAAGACCAAUAAUGCUGCAAUCAAAUCACUUUCGAAUACCCACAGGACCUAAUUGGUGUCUUUAUAAAUAUCGAGUUGAUUUCGAACCGGAAGAAACUCGUACAUUUGUUCGCAAGGGUAUGCUUAAACUUCAUAAAGAGAAAGUUGGUGCAUACAUCUUUGAUGGCACUGUUUUAUAUACAAGUUCUCGUUUACCAGAUAAAAUGGAACUAGUAACAACAAGACAAUCUGACAAUGUACCUAUCAAAAUUACUAUAUGUUUAGUUGGAAGUAUGUCGCCGGAUGAUUGGCAUUAUAUCAUUAUUUUUAAUAUAAUAAUGAGAAAAUGCCUUGAGCAUUUGAAAUUGCAGUUGGUGGGCCGUGACUAUUUUGAUGCUAAAGAUAAAGUUAGUAUAUAUCAAUAUAAACUGGAAUUGUGGCCUGGUUAUAUCACUACUAUUAGACAAUACGAGAAUGAUAUUCUAAUGUCUGCUGAAAUAACGCAUAAAGUAAUGCGUCAAGAAUCACUAUUACAUAUAUUGAUGGAAUGCUUCAGACAUGGUUAUGAUCAUAAGACAGAAUUUUGCAACAGAGUAAUAGGACUUAUGGUACUUACGGAUUAUAACAAUCAUACAUAUCGUAUCGAAGAUGUAGAUUUUGAUGCAAGUCCUUCUUCGACAUUUCCUAUGAAAUCUGGUCAACAUAUAUCUUAUCAAGAAUAUUAUAAGACCAAGUACCGUAUUGAUAUAACAAAUGCCACACAACCAAUGUUAGUAACAAGAUCAAAACCGAAAGAACGGAAUGCAUCAAAUCAAGGAAAUCUUGUUUAUUUAGUUCCUGAACUGUGCCGUGCCACAGGUUUAACUGAUGACAUGAGAGAAAAUUUUCAGCUUAUGAAAGCUUUAGCUACCCAUACUUGUAUCUCACCUUCAUCUCGAAUUGAUAAAUUGAUGAGAUUUAAUAAUAGACUUCGUCACGAGCCAAAAGUUGUACAAGAAUUUAAAGAUUGGGAUAUGUCGUUAGAUAGAAAUUUACUUCAAUUUCCUGCUCGUGUAUUAUAUGAUGAGAAAAUUGUCGUUGCUAAUAAUUAUAAAAUUAAUAGUUUUCGAGGAGAUUGGACAAGGAACAUGCAAAGGGCGCAUUUAUUUCAUAACAAGGAAUUAAGAAACUGGGUGUUAAUUGGAUCUCAACGAGAUAGAGGUGCUGUAGAUCGAUUUCUAAAUACGCUAUUACAAGUGUCAUCUCAAAUGUCAUUCAGGGUUACUCGCCCGCAAGAAAAUUGGUUACGCGAAGAUAAGUCAAGCUCGUAUACUGAGAUGCUUGAAUAUAUUCUUAGCAGAAGUAGUCCAGAUUUAAUAUUCUGCGUAGUGAGCAAUAAUCGUAGUGAUCGUUAUGCAGCCAUCAAGAAGAAAUGUUGUAUAGAUAGACCUGUACCAUCACGUUUUUUACAAAAAAAUUUAGAUGGAAAAGGUACUAUGAGUAUUGCUACAAAAGUGGCAGUACAAAUGAUCUGUAAGUUAGGCGGAGCUCCUUGGUCCAUUGAAACAGUGUUAAAGGGAUUAAUGACUAUUGGUUUUGAUAUAUGUCAUGACACAAAUACUAAAGGCAAAAAUUUCUUGUCUAUGGUAGCAACUGUUGAUCAGAAGCUGACACAAUUCUUCAGCUGUAUUAGUCAAUACCAAAGUAGCGAAGAACUUGGAGAACGGCUCUGUGACAAUGUAAACAAGGCUGUGCAGGCUUAUCGCAAACAUAAUAAAUCUUUACCUAUGCACCUUUUUAUUUAUCGUGAUGGUGUCAGCGAAGGUCAAAUUCGGAGUGUUUAUGAAAAUGAAGUGGAACCGCUGAAAGAGAAACUUGAAAAAAUAUAUUAUGGCCCUAAUUUCAAAUUAAUAUUCAUAAUCGUGAAUAAAAAAAUUAAUAUUCGACUUUUCGAAAAUCGAAAUAAUCCUCCGAUCGGUACAGUUGUUGAUGAUGUCAUAACGGAUCCACUUAGAUAUGAUUUCUUUCUCGUAUCGCAACAAGUUAGACAAGGUACUGUUUCACCAACAUCAUACAAUGUUAUCUAUGAUAAUACUGGAUUAGACGCAGAAUUGGUACAACAAGUCACGUACAAAUUAACUUAUCUGUAUUAUAAUUGCACAAGUACUGUUCGUGUGCCUGCUUGUCAUUAUGCACGAAAGUUAUCAUUCUUAGUGGGACGACAUCUUCAUAAACCUCCGGAUAAUCAGCUGCAAAAUCAGUUAUAUUUCUUAUAAUCCAAACGUUUAUUUUUCAAAAUUCUAUUUUCAUAUAUAUUUAAAAAUAUUUUGAUGUGUGUGUAUAUAUAUCAAAAUAUUUUUGAUAAUACAAUUUGUUAACAUGUAGCUCCAUUAAGUGUCAUCUAAUUAUCAAAUUUAAAUCUAAGAUUCUAAACUUUUCUUUUUGUUAAUUGCAAUAUA